AUGGAGAACCCGCAACUCAAGGCGUACGCGCAGAUGCUCCAGACUCAGCAGACCCAAGUCGCGUCUGACGUGGGUGUGAUGUCAGACAACAUCGUUUACAAGUACGUGGCGGAAGAGCGUCUCAGUGAGCCUGUUUUUGAAGCCCCAUUCCAUGGCUCCCCUUCCAGGCUGACUUUUCCACAUUCCAUACCGUCCCCAACCCAAACCCUAAACCUGCACCCCAUUCUCCCCCACUCCCGUUCCCCCGUCAGCUACAUGCACGCGAGCAACGGGUUCGCAGCAGCCCUCUCCCCGCAGCAGGUGCGGCGGCUGGAACGACACCCGGCAGUGGCGGCAGUGACGCGCAGCCGCACCGUCACGCCCCUCACCACCGACUACCCCACGUUCCUCGGCACGCGCGCCCCCGGGUCGCUGUGGCCCGCGAAUGGCGGGCAGGCAAAGGCGGGAGAGGGCAUGGUGGUAGGGGUGGUGGACACGGGCAUCUGGCCGGAACACCCCUCCUUCAGCGAUGCGGGUUUCUCCUCCUCCAAGCCUGCGGGAUGGUCGGGGAAAUGCGACAGCGAGUUCAAGUGCAAUAAUAAGCUCAUAGGUGGCCGCGUGUUUUACAAGGGAUUUAAGAAGGAAAUCGGCGACCCGGACCUGUCUUCGGAUUGGUUGUCUCCCCGGGAUUCGGAUGGCCACGGCACAUGUGCGGCAGCGGGCAACAAGGACGUGCCCAUGGCAGGCGGCAAGGCGAGCGGCAUGGCGCCGGCAGCGCGCCUGGCAAUGUACAAGGUUCUCUGGCACACUGAAGGCUCUCUUACCGGGACAUGGGCCGACAUCGAAGCGGCAGUCAACCAGGCGGUAGCGGACGGUGUGGAUGUUAUCUCGAUCUCGCUGGGCGGCAUGGAUAACAAGGAGACCUACUUCGACCACAUGCCGUAUCUCAGUGCUAACCUGGCCGGGGUGCUUGUGUCGUAUGCAGCGGGAAAUGCUGGCUCGCCAGGCUACUGGGAUCCCGGCUACUUUCGCACAAUAGACAACUUCUCGCCCUUCUAUCUCACCGUGGGGGCUAGCACCAUAGGCCGUGGCGGUCUGACCCUCAAGGCCACCACACCAGCAGCAGCAGCUCUCAGCAACUCAUCCUCCUCCUCAGCCACCGCCUACCCUUCCAUCGCUGAUUUCUCCUCCACAGGACCCCUCUGUGACCCUGCCACUCAAGCCACCGGCGCGCUGCCCACCAACAGCAUCUUAAAGCCCGACAUUGUCGGCCCCGGCGUGGAUCUCUACGCUGCUGCCCCGGGCGCGAAGGUCGGGAAGCCGGGCAGCUUCGCACAAAUGUCCGGAACGUCGAUGGCGACGCCUCAAUUGGCGGGCAUUGCUGCUCUCAUCAUGCAGAAGCACCCCUCGUGGAGCCCCGCGCAGGUCAUGUCUGCCAUUAUGACAACUGCGAAGACUACUGACACUAGUGGUGCUGCUAUCAAAAAUGGAGGUGGCGAGGUUGCUACUCCGUGGGAUAUGGGAGCUGGUCACGUGUUCCCACGCAAGGUGCUGGAUCCUGGGCUUACCUUUGACGCCCGAGCAGCUGCGUAUCGGAAUUUUCUGGCUGGGCAGAAUGCUGUCUAA